AUGGAAAGCCGCUACUUCACUGGCCGCGAUUCCGCACUAGAUGAGCUGAAGCAAAGGUUGUUUCUAAAGGCGAGCACCGAAAGACUGGCUCUAUUUGGACUGGGUGGGAUCGGCAAAACCCAACUUGCGCUCCAGCUCGCCCGCUGGGUGAAAGCGCAUGAACCAGACCGCUCGAUCUUUUGGGCGUCCGCGCUCAGUGUUGAGAGCUUUGAGCAGACGUGUUUGCAAAUCGCGAAAAAGCUACAACCCCAUCAGGAUGCAGAAAACGAAAGUGCGAUGGAAUUGGUCCAUCGAGAGCUGAGCGAUGAUGAUGCAGGAAAGUGGCUUUUCAUUGUUGACAAUGCCGAUGACGCUGAAUUGACUUUCAAUGAGCUUGAUCGGUUCUUUCCGGUCAGCGAAGCCGGCGUGACUUUGCUCACCACUCGUUCCAGAGAGGUGGCCAUUUCCUUCGCCGGGAGGGAUAUAUUGGAACUCCAAAACAUGAAAGCAGCAGAAGGGAUUGACUUUCUCACCAAGAUUCUCGGAAAUGAUGUGAUUGACGAUCCUAAUUCAACAUCGCAACUUCUGGAGGAGUUGAAUUUCCUACCUCUAGCUAUUGCGCAGGCGGCGUACUAUAUCAGACGAAAUGAUGGCACGAUCGGACGGUACCUCGAGCUGAUGCACAAAUCCGAGGAAGAACGGAUGCGUCUAGUGAGCAGGGAGUUCCACGAUACCACUCGCUAUCGCAAGAUGCCAAACGCAGUGGUCAAAACAUGGUUGAUUUCAUUCAAACAAAUCCAAAACUCCGACCCACCCGCUGCUGAUUUGCUGGGAUUCAUAUCUUGCUUUGAGCCCAAAGCAAUCCCGAAAUCCAUUCUUCCUUCCGUUGGCUCAGAAGAGGAACAAGAAUUUGCAAUUGGCACACUGUGCGGUUAUGGCUUUCUGACAAAAAGAGGCAACGCAGAAAUGUUCGACAUACAUAGCCUCAUACAUCUAUCCACACGAGUAUGGGUAGCUGAGGCAGGGAUUACACAGCAAGUCAUUGAAACUGUGACUCAACACAUGAAUCAUUGUUUUCCAUCCGAUGAUUUCCCAAAUAGGGAGACAUGGAGAGCAUACCUACCGCACACUAAGUUGAUUCUCAAUGGAGUGGAGCUUGGAUGUGCAGAGGAUAGGUAUAGCUUACUCUCGAAGAUUGGAAUGUGUCUUCAGGCAGAUGGCCGAUCCAGAGAUGCUGUCACUGCUAUGAAAAAUGCGUGCACGUGGUACGAGAGUCAACAUGAACAAGAACACCCUAGUCGACUGCGUUCUCAGCAUGACCUCGCAUCUGCAUAUCUAGACAAUAGGCAGAUCAAACAGGGCCUGGAGCUGCUUGUACAUGUGGUCGCAUUAAGAGAAAGACUGCUUGACGAGGACCAUCAUGAUCUACUGGCAUCUCAGCACGAGCUUGCACGGGCAUAUUUGAAAAAUGGACAAACCAAACAGGCCAUAGAGCUAUUUGAGCAUGUGUUUGCAAAGCACGAAAUGCUUGACGAGGAACAUCCUAAUCGACUGGUGGCUCAGCAUUCUCUCGCAAAGGUUUAUUUGAACAAUGGGCAGACCAAAGAGGCCAUAGAGCUAUUUGAGCAUGUGGUUGCGAUAGAGGGGAGAAUACUUGACGAGGAAGAUUCUAGUCGACUGUGGUCUCAGCAUGACCUCGCACGGGCAUAUUUGGACAAUGGACAAACCAAACAGGCCAUAGAGCUAUUUGAGCAUGUGGUUGCAAAGCAGGAAAUGUAUGACGAGGAAGAUCCUAAUCGACUGGCGGCUCAGCAUUCUCUCGCGUGGGUUUAUUCGAAUAAUGGACAAACCAAACAGGCUAUAGAGCUAUUUGAGCAUGUGGUUGCGAUAUGGGGGGAAAUACUUGACGAGGAAGAUCCUAGUCGACUGUUAUAUCAGCAUUCUCUCGCGCGGGCAUAUUUGAAGAAUGGGCAGACCAAAGAGGCCAUAGAGCUAUUUGAGCGUGUGGUUGCAAAGAAGGAAAUGCUUGACGAGGAAGAUCCUAGUCGACUGUUAUCUCAGCAUUCUCUCGCGCGGGCAUAUUUGAAGAAUGGGCAGACCAAAGAGGCUAUAGAGCUAUUUGAGCAUGUGGUUCUGGUGGAGGGGAGAAUACUUGACGAGGAAGAUCCCAAUCGACUGAUUUCUCAGCAUUCACUCGCGCAGGCAUAUGCAGUCAACGGCCAGACCAGGCAGGCUCUUGAGCUCAUCAAGCAUGUGGUCUCGGUUGAAGAGAGAACACUUGACGCGGAGCACCCGGACCGAAUCAAAUCUCAGAAGCUCCUUGAGGAGAUAGAAGAGGGGGUGCGCAAACCAGAGAGCUUGGAGGAUGCGCCAGUAUCAUGA